AUGGCCGUUCUCAAGGGUGGUGCCGUCUUCACGGCGAUUGCUUCUCUCGCAGCCGCUGCGGUCCCCGCGUCCGCCGAUCUUCCGACCAUCACGCCCCAGUACCUCGCGACGGCGGGCAACAGCUCCCUCUUCACCCGCUGGAGGCCUCGCUCGCACUACCUCGCGCCGCACAGUUGGAUGAACGACCCUUGCGGUGCGCUCUACGACCCAGCUACCGAGACGUACCACCUGCACUACCAAUUCCAUCACAACCAUGUGAACUGGGGCAAUGUGUCCUGGGGCCACGCCGUGUCUAAGGAUUUGUUCCACUGGACGGAUGUGCGCGGCUGGCAGAACGCCUCGUCUGUGUCACUCGCGUCCGGUGAGUACGCCGCCGACCCUCUGUCGCAGUUCAGCGGCACAGCACAGCCCGUCAACCUUGAGGGCGUCAGCGAUGGCACCCUCCUGACCUUCGGUACCGGCAUUCACCACCUGCCCACGAACUGGAAGCAGCCAUACAUCCCUGGCACUGAGGUGCAGGCCAUGUUCACCUCCGGCGACGGAGGUUCCACCUGGGAUGAAGUCGGCACUGUCAUCUCGAGUCCUCCCGAGGGCUGGAACGUCACCGGCUGGAGAGAUCCCAGCUUCUUCCCCUCCAAGGAGCUCGACAGCCUCCUCAAAGCCAGCGAGCCCCACUACUACAUGGUGCUCGGCUCCGGCCUCAAGACCGGCGAUGUCCCCGCGCAGCUCCCUGGCGCUGGACGUCCGGGCUUCAUCGGACCGCGCAUUCCUCUGUACUCGGCCCCCUCCUCCAACUUAACCCAGUGGACCUUCCUCGGUGCCCUCUGGGAGCCCACCGCAAACUCCUCCCUCGGCAAGCCCGACAUCACGGGAUCGUACGGCUACAACUUCGAAGUCAGCAGCUUUUUCGAUUUGCCGAUCGGCAGCACGGACGAGAAGGCUUGGUUCGUCACCAUGGGUGCCGAGGGUGGAAACACCACUCAGCACUGGAAGGAGCAGUGGGCUCUGUGGAACCGCGGAGACCUCGCUCGUCGCGACAACGGCUCGGUCGAGUUCACCCCCAACUCUGGCGGCGCUAUUGACUGGGGCAUCUCGUACGCCCAGGCUACUUGGAAGGACACCUCCAACAACGACAGACGCGUCAUGUGGGGAUGGGCCAACGACGACAUCCUGGGCGACUACGUUUACAACACCUCCAAGCAGUUCGGCUAUCAGGGCACUUUGAACCUGCCCAUGGAGCUCUACAUCAAGGAGACCAAGGACGUCCAGAAUUGCGGCACGCAGCAGGACGGAAGCGUCUGCAUCAAGAGCCACGACGGCCACACCGUCCAGACUCUCGGCGUUCGCCCUCUCCCCGACGUCAUUAAGCACCUCCGCAAGGGCGCUAAGCAUCACGAUAUCAAGAUCGGCCAUAUCACCGACUCCGCCAAGACCGCUUCAGCCAACCUCGGCACCUCCUACGAACUGACGGCGACCCUGAGCGACUUCUCUGGCCCCGCCGGCAUCAUCCUCGCCCAGAGCCCCGACAACGCUGAGUACACCACCAUCCGCUUCGACCCCGAGACUGCAGAGAUCAGCGUCCUCCGCACGCACAGCAGCCUCCUCCCCAACUUCAACACCGCCGCCUUUGUCGGCCACUUUGAGCCCUACCAGAUCCACAAAAAGAGCGCCAACACGACUGUCACCGAGCCUCUCAAUUUCCACAUCGUCCUUGACAACUCCCUCCUCGAGAUCUGGGUCAACGAGCGUUUCACGCUGACGGCGCGCAUUUACCCCUCGCGCAACGACAGCACCGGCCUGAGCUUUUUCGCCGCCGACGGCGGCAAGGCCACGUGGUCGGACGUCAAGGUCUGGGCCGGCCUCGCCCAGGCCUGGCCCGAGCGGCCUGCGGAUUCCAGCGCUCCCUUGCUCUGGGACACGGCUGAGCAGACGAACAACUACACCUGGUGGGCGGGGUACUAG